AGAGAGAGAGAGUUAAGAAGGACGACCACAAAAAACCAAGAUUUUUAUUAUCUCAGAUCCUCUCUAUUCAUCUCUACCCAUCCAUCAUCUUCAUCAGCAACCUCCCACAGAGCCAUAAUAUUCCAACACAAAAUUCAUUUCGUUUCCCCGCUCUCAUCUUUACUGUCUUCAAUGGAGAAAGAUGGUAGUUUCUGGGCGUGAAGGCUUAAAACCCUAAUCUAAGGUUACAGGAGAGAGUAGAGUGAGAAGUUUAGAGGGCCACUGGCCACUGCUUGAUGUUUAGAGCAUGGAUUUAGGCAGUAAUAAUCCUCCGGCAGCCAACAACACGAGCUCCGCCGCGGCGGCGGCAGUUAAAGGCGGUGAUGUUCAGGAAAGUGAGACGCCGGCGGCGGCGAGGAUCUCGGCGGUGAAGCCUUUGUCUUUUAGCAGUAACGGUGUGCUGAAACGCCACAAUUCGCUCCACCACCACCACAACCACCACGCGGUGGUGGUUGUGUACAAGGAGUGCCUGAAGAACCACGCCGCGAGUAUCGGCGGCCACGCCGUGGACGGUUGCGGGGAGUUCAUGCCGUCCCCAACUGCCAAUCCUGCGGACCCCACCUCGCUGAAAUGCGCGGCGUGUGGGUGUCACCGGAAUUUCCACCGCCGCGAGCCGGACGAGCCGCUGGCGCCGCCAGCGCUAGAGUACCAGCCGCACCACCGCCACCACCCGCCUCCGCCGCCGCCGCCGCCGCCGCACGACCACAGCAGCCCGAAUUCCCCGUCUCCGCCGCCGAUCUCUUCCUCGUACUACCCCUCCGCGCCGCACAUGCUCCUCGCGCUUAGUACCGGCUUAUCCGGUCACCCGGCGGCCGACAACACCACAACCCCAAUUUCCGCCCCCUCAUCCGCCCACAUGAAAGGGAGAAAGCGGUUCCGAACAAAAUUCACCCAAGAUCAGAAAGACAAAAUGCUGGAUUUCGCCGAGCGGGUCGGGUGGAAGAUUCAGAAGAGAGACGAAGAACUAAUCAACGAUUUCUGCCGCGAAAUUGGAGUCGAGCGAGGAGUUUUAAAGGUCUGGAUGCACAACAACAAGAACACUGUCGGCAAGAGAGACAACAUAACAACAACCACCCCUCCCGCCGCCGCCGCCUGCGGCGGCGGCGGCGGCCCCACCGAGAACGGAAAUUCUCACAGUCUCGGUUUCGACAUCGGCCGCGUAAACUCCGCCCCACUCACCUCCGACAACAACGGCAGCCAUAGCCAAAACCACUACGCCCUCCACGGCGGCGGCGACGUUCUCGCCGCUAAUGGGUCGUCGUCUUCUUCCUGAUCCGCCACGUGGAAGGGGAGAAUAAGAAAGAUUUUAGAAUCUGCGGCAAAAUUUGCAGGAAACGGAACCAACUAUGGUGAGGCCACUACUACUGUUCUAUCUUAGCUACUACUGCUUAUUCACAAAGAGCCUAUUUUAGAUCUUCUGUUUCGACUGUUCUUAAUGAUUAGUGCUCUAAUCUGAGGAAAAUCUGCACAAUAUCGUUCUCAUGAGCAAUUUAAUUUGUUUAUUUUUCAUUCUCAUCAUCUUGACCUGUAAAUUAUAACCUUAGGAUCUCCAAAAAAAAUUUCAGUCUUUUCCCAUUUUCCUUGUUUCUUGAAUCCUCCAUUAAUGGGUUUCCCAGAUCAGA